CCUACCAAGCUACACUGAUCGCUGGUUUCCAUCGCUGUACCAUUAACAUGAAGGUUCUUGCAAUUCUCGCUCUGUUUUGUGCCAUCGUGGCAUGCCAAGCCUAUCCAAAAAAGGGAUAUAGAGGUGACUAUGACGAUGGCGAUAAAGGUGACUAUGACGAUGGCUAUGGAGGUGGCUAUAAAUGUGGCUAUGUAGGUUGCUAUAAAGGUGGUGAUGACGAUGAUUAUGCAGGUGGCUAUAAAGGUGGCGAUGACCAUGGCUAUGGAGGUGGCUAUAAAGGUGGAUAUGUAGGAGGCUAUAAAGGUGGUGAUGACGAUGAUUAUGCAGGUGGCUAUAAAGGUGACGAUGACCAUGGCUAUGGAGGUGGCUAUAAAGGUGGAUACGUAGGAGGCUAUAAAGGUGGUGAUGACGAUGAUUAUGCAGGUGGCUAUAAAGGUGGCUAUGAACACAAAUAUGGAGGUGGCUAUGACGGCUACGAUGGCGGAAAAUAUAAUGAAUAUGACAGAGGGUACGGAGGAGGUGACGACGGCGGCUACGGCGGAGGCUACAGAGGUGGCAUUGGAGGCUACGGCGGUGGCCAUGGUGGUAUCGGUGGCGACUAUGGCGGAUACCAUGCAAAAAAAUACUAAAGACAUACCCCUCAAUUCCAUUGAAUUCCAAUUCCAAUUCCAUUUAAUCCAGUCCUGUGUUUUCUAUGUUUUUCUAUGUUGCAAU